AUGCCUACGUCACUUGAGCGUUUAUCUGAAAAACACAAGAAAUGGUGUGAGGGUAAAAAGCUACUCGACCGAAUUAUUUCGACAAGACAGCGCAAGGCCAACGUCUGCGAUACUUGUGGUCCGGUGGCUGUACCUGCUGAGGAGAUCACGGGUUUUGCACCCGUCGAAUUGUUUAUCCAUCGCAACGUGGCAAAAAUCGUGAAGCAUUUGAUUCUUUUAGAACAUUGGCUGCGCAAUAUUCGUGACGUCCAGCUUCAUUGUGACGAGUUAAAGAGAAUUGAGAUCCACUAA